CCGUACGAAGUGAAAAUAAUAAAAGAAGCGAAAAACUGAACAUGCUAGCAGACCGGGAGCCCGCCGGAGAAUAGAGUUGUCGCCGGUAUCGUUUGAUCCUUUCCGGCUAGAAGAAACGCCGAGACGCCGUUACGCUUUUUUUUUUUUUUUUAACCUCCGCAGAACGAAUCGGGCUCCCGCCGAUUCUUUUCUCUCUGUAAAAUCUCUUCGCCCGAGGACAACGGAAGCGAGUAGGACGGCCAACUCCGCCACCAAUUCCACAUGUCGUUGCAACGGCGGCGUCACCUGCACCACCGCUCAAGGUCUCUAAUCCCUGUCAUAUUUGUCGUCUCUAUCAUCCUUCUCCUCCUGUUCCUCUUCCUUGCAUUCCUUGCACCUCCUCUCACCGAUAGCAAUCGGUUCCAUUACCGCCGCCGUGACAUAUCGGUGGAGGAAGGCGGUAGUAAUGUGUCAGGAGUUCCGGCGUUUCAUAUUCCGACCAGUGGAGGAAUUCAUGAUCGUGAUCUUUGGAAGUCAAACAAUGCAAAGUUUUUCUAUGGAUGUAGUAAUGCCAGUAGUAAAUUUGCAAAUGCUAAAACUAGAACAAAUCCAACUUGGUACUUGUCAAUUGCAACCAGUGGAGGUCUUAACCAACAGAGGACAGGGAUAGUUGAUGCUGUUGCUGUUGCUCGUAUUUUGAAUGCUACUCUUGUUGUUCCAGCACUGGACAAGAAUUCCUUCUGGAAAGAUUCCAGUGAUUUUCCGGACAUAUUUGAUGUUGAUCGGUUCAUAUCUUAUCUUGCAAAUGAUGUUGUAAUCAUAAAAGAGCUCCCACUUAGGAGAGGAAAGACAUGGAUUCCAAAUAAUGUACGAGUUCCAAGGAAAUGCAGCGAGAAAUACUAUAUUAACCGCUUUGUGCCCAUACUUAAUAAAAAGCAUGCUGUUAGGAUCCCCAAGUUUGACUACAGACUUUCGAGUUCAUUGGAUACAGAGUUGCAAAAACUGAGAUGCAGAGUUAAUUAUCAUGCUCUGAAGUUUGUUGACCCUAUACGUAAAAUGGGUAAGGAAUUGGUCCAGAGAAUGAGGAUGAAGAGCAAGCAUUAUAUAGCACUUCACCUAAGGUUUGAACCUGAUAUGCUUGCAUUCUCAGGAUGCUAUUAUGGUGGAGGAGACGAGGAGAGGAUGGAAUUUGGGAAAAUAAGGAAGAGGUGGAAAACUCUACAUAGGAGCAAUCCAGAUAAGGGGAGGAGGCAAGGAAGAUGCCCUCUAACUCCUGAAGAAGUAGGUUUGAUGUUGAGAGCACUUGGAUAUGGCAAUGAAGUUCAUAUCUAUGUCGCAUCCGGUGAAAUAUAUGGAGGAGGUGACACAUUGGGUCCUUUGAAGGAACUCUUUCCAAACUUCCAUACAAAGGAAACUCUAGCCACCACUGAAGAACUACAACCAUUUUCUGGAUUUUCUGCCCGCAUGGCUGCACUAGACUUCAUAGUUUGUGAUGCUAGUGAUGUUUUUGUUACCAACAACAAUGGAAACAUGGCAAAAAUUUUAUCAGGACGAAGGAGAUACUUUGGACACAAACCUACAAUUCGGCCAAAUGCCAAGAAAUUGUGGCGUCUGUUUUUAGGCCGGGAUAACAUGACAUGGGAAGAAUUUUCAUCCCAAGUUAAUAAUUUUCAGAGAGGCUUCAUGGGGGAUCCCGUGGAGGUAAAGUCUGGUAGGGGUUUUCAUGAAUACCCUUCACCCUGCAUUUGCAGGGUGUCUGAUGGCAAAGAAAAAUUGGAAUUGGGUCCCCAAGAAACCAGUGAUGGGGGGAAUAUACAGUCAGAAAAGGAAGACGAUGACCAAAAUGUUGAUGAUCUAGUGGAAAUGCCUGAAGUAGAGCAGGAAGAAGACUUAAAUGAAAGCUUAAUGUCCGAGGAAUCUGAGUUUGACGAGAUGCUUUCGGAUUGACAACAGGAGCAAUAUCUUACAUCUGAGAGAUCAGAGCUUCACAUUAAACACAUAGCGAUUCUGAAUUGACAAAACUCUUUUGAGCACUGCAUCCUUCAAAAAGAUGCAAUCGCAGGAUACCGGCUUCCAAAAAUGAGCUGCAGUUUAGCCAUAAUCGCAUCUUGGAGGAAGUUUUGGCAUAGAAAAACACUCAUCUUUUUCAACAGAGACAAACAAGCUAGGACAUCUGGGCAGGUAAAUUUAGUUUGUGUAGGUUUAUUGUUAUUAAUAUUAUUCGUUUUUCCCUCAUCAAUAAUAGCAGGGUGUAUCUCAUAUCCUCCGAAAAACGUACAUAUAAUUUAUUCUUUUUUCUUUUAAAUUACUUCAUUGAUCUAACUUAAAAGUUUUGAAGUGAGGUAGUCAAAACUGUACUAUCUUACAGUCUACAUAUGGACUAUGCAACUUACUGUCAGAGGAAGUAGUAGGCCAAUUUACUUGAUCAUCUUUUAUUUUUAUUUGUUUUUUAAAACUUAAUUUUCUACUUUUUAGGACA